AUGGCUGAUUAUAGAUUCAGUACAUGCCAGAUUAUCUUGUACAGCCUUCGGCGUUUAUUCGAAAAUACCAUCUCCUGGGAUAUGGCGAUCUUUAUAGUGAUGUUCAUCUUCAUUACAAUUCUUUGUUCGUCUCCACCGUCCUCCAUAUCCUCCCAUCCAUUGUUGCAAGUUGCUCGCUAUUGUUUUGUGUUCCUGGUUGGUGUGCCCGUGCUUUCUUUGUUCCUUCGCUUCUACGUUCGUACUCAGUCCUCCUUCUACUACUCAGAUAAGGAGGAAGCUCCGGUGCCUAACGUGAGUAGUUAUCCUCCGAGUUCCGGUGGCGUGGAACUUCCCACUGUAUGUUGUGACGCAUCCACCAUUGAGACCCCCGCUUUGCUGACUACACGUAACAUCCCUCCCCCUCUUCUCGCACCUGAGGUCGAUAAGAUUACUCAGAGAAGAGCGUGUAAUAGGGAGCUGUAUGCCUCGCGUGUGUCAAGGAUGGCAGAGGAAAAAAAACAACAGCUCCUUGCUCGUAGAAGGCAAUUUCACGCGGCUGAUGUAUUUCGGCCCAUGGAUCGGGCCGAGAACUUUAACGGUUGUGAUGCUCAUGGUAUCCUCGACCCUCCUCUAGAGUCAAUGGUGCUUCCGACAGUUCAAAACUGUGAAUGCUGUCGGGCCAAACUUUUUCCGUUCGAACCACCAAAAUUCUGUUGCUCGCAGGAUAAAGUUUCACUCGUCAGCCAUCCAAUGCCAUACGCUCUCCGGAGAUUAUUCAUUGGGUUGGAUGAGGAAUCCGUUGAAUUCAGGAAGAAUAUUCGUAGCUACAACAAUAACUUUGCAUUCACCUCCCUUGGUGUCACCUAUGAUCGUGAUCUGACUAUGAACACCCGAGGGAUGUACACUUUUCGCCCGAAUGGUCAUUCUCCUUCUGGUGUUCAGCUCUACUUCUAUGAUGAACACGAGGAAAUCUCGUGGAGGAUGCAAUCGACGGAUAAAUUUAACAAGAGCACGUUGCAGCUGCUCAGUCGUCUCCUCUCUUCUAAUCCUGACAUGAAGUUCUUUAGGAACUUGCGCUAUGUGCCGGACCUUGAUCAGAAACAGAUAGUUCUCAGUUGUACUCCUGAUCUGGAUCAGAGGCGGUACAACUUGCCUUCCUGCGAUCAGGUUGCGGCCAUCUUCAGGGAAACUGAAUAUGGUAACAGGUUCGAAAGAGGUGCAGACAUUCGUGUCUACACGGAGAGUGAUGAGAGCUAUCAUGUCAGGCACUACUAUGCUUGCAUGGAUCCGUUGCAGUAUCCUAUUCUUUUUCCUGGUGGCCAAUCGGGUUGGCACCGCAUGAUCCCUAGGCAUGGUGUAGGUUCGUGCUCCUGUGUGCGUGAAACAGCUGAUCUUUUCAGUCGGGAAGCCAUUGCCGAAAUGGAAUCUCCUGAAGACAUUAGUGCUUUAGAGGAGCAAGGCAAGUUCACCUUGAUGGUGGAAUCGAGCAUUCUGUGUUCUCAGUUUUGGCUGGACCUACAAAAACAUUUCCUCACCGAGAACAUGCAAGCAGCUCUUGAUCCAGAUUUCUCUUCGUUCUUGCUUCGCAUUGGCGAAGGUGUGGAACCUGUUGACGAGGAUGGGAACAUUACCUUGCCAUUUGAAAUGGUUGUGCCCUACGACGAUCGUGAUAGUGCUUUGAAUAGGCUUGUUAAGCAUUUCUCGGGUUUGUUGUGCUUGUUGGACAACGAGGGUACCUGUGUUGAGGCUAUCUGCUUCAAUCACGAAAUUCAGCGUAUGGGUGGCCGAUUGCAUCUGUUUAAAAAGUAUCGCAUCCGCAAUGCACAAGUCAAGAAAAUACCCGAGAAGUACAAAGGGAACGACGAUAUUGAGAUGCAAUGGAUAAUCAAUGGUAGGACAUUCCUUGAAGAAAUCGCUGUAUGUGAAAACACUCCUGUCAAGAUGAACUUCACUGAUUUCACUGACAUACCGCAGUUUGUCGACAUUGCCAAAAAAACAAUUGGUACGUUCUCUCAUUCCAAUUGUUUCGUUAAUGCCACUCUUCCUGUGUUAUGUGGUUGGGGCCGUUGUCAAGGUUUACCCCUCAAAGAACUUGCUGGUGAAAGGGGGACGCUUACUGUUCAGAAAUAUGUCAUCGUCAAUGAAAAGGUGGAGAACAACUUCAAGACGCUUCAGGCAUAUGUCGAUGCCGGGGAAUUCAACCAAAAUCACAUUACCAUGGAUAGUGCACAAGUACAAAACUAUAGUUCGAUCUCUGCUAUUAAGAAUGGGGAUAAGAUUGGCUGGGUGAAGGUGAUGGUCACCUUUCGGCAUAUACUGCAGAAUUUCUGGUACAUGGGCUGUCAAAAGGCAUCUGAGCUUGGACUGGUAUACCCCUGUAAUGGUUGUGGUCUUAGUCAAAAGGCAUCACCUAGGUGUCGCCUGGAAGCGGAUAUAACUGAUCACUCUGAUACUCUUAGGGGUGUGUUAUUGGGUGAAGACGCUGAAAAGAUCCUUGCGCAUGCAGCACUCGAAUUCAUGAAAGCCGGUCAUGAGGGAAAGGAAAUUGACCUCACUGAUGUUCAUGACUCUUUGUCAUCGAAGAUAUUUUCCUGCCUUGUUAAACUGUCAAAAUCAAAGUAUGCCAGCGAACAGUCGCGUUUCCUUGUCCAGUGCUUGUCUGAAGCAAACUUCACUGAACCUGGUCCAAGUCUCCCAUCUGUUACAAAUACUCAUGCCCAGCAAGGUGUGCACACAUCUGGUGACGCUGAAGCAAUAUCAGUUCUGCCUAAAGGAGUCUCUGUUUCGGAACCCAAGGCAAAGCUGUGCUUGGAUUCAAAGCUUGCAGGAGCUGAUGCUGUGAAGGGAGAUUCCACAAAUGAUGGUCACAAGGCAAAGCGCCCCAAGAGAGGCUAA